AAAAUUAAUUUUAAAAUGUCUGUUUUGUGGCUGUUUCUGUUGGGCUGCUUGCAACUGCUGGCGGCACGCGGCGAGGUCCUGGACAUGGCCAACUGCUCAAAGCUGAUGAACACCCAAACGUUGGACUGGUGCUGCGGCAGGAACAUUCUCAGCAUGUUUGCGUUUAUAGGCAGCAACUGUGCCUCCUACUUGAACGAUUAUGGACCAUGCCGCUACGAUUGCCUCUUCCAUCACUGGGACAUACGCGACGAGUCACAGUUCAAGCUCAAAAUGCCGGAGCUCUUCGUGAUGAUUACGCGACUGUACAGCCCGCUCAAUGGUUACCAGAGCUAUGGCCUCGCGCUGAAAAAGGCCUACGAGACGUGUGACCGGCUGGGCACCAAGUACGCCGACUUUAUAAUGCUCUACUCGGCGCAUCUGCAGCAGACGCUGGGCCUGGCCAACUUCACUGCCAACAACCCGAACAAUUGUUCGCCCUUUUCCAUGUACCACGCGCAGUGUGCGGCCAUUUAUUUGACACUCGACUGUCCCGAGAAGUACUGGGAGAAGGAGGAGCAGUGCACCAUACUCCGAGAGACAGUGCGCUCCUGCAUAAGGAUAUUCGAUGACAGCACACCAACGAGAAACGAACCACAGACAAGGAGUGCGGGCAGUCAACUGUACCUAAACCUGCGAGCCCCACUGUACAUUCUUUUUGUUGUCACCUUUUGCUGUUUUCUGAAUCGUUUUGUGUAAUUGGUUGGCCAUUGGUUUGUGUUCCAGACACUAUAAUUGCUGGUGUCUGGGGCUUGUCCCAUAGACUUUGAACUGCCGAAUAAAAAUUGAGGCACAUGCUGGGCACGAGACCUUCACACGCCACAAAUGA